AUAAACAAAACUCCACAACGGUCAAAUCAAAAACAAAUAUUUAUUUGAAUCCGUCGGUCAUUAUUUAAUAUUUGGGAACAUGUAUUCCUUGCAACACCCGCAAAUCGAUGAGCGCUUUUUAGAUUCCGAAUCAACAGUUGAAGAAGUGGUCAGGUUGCUUGAAAGCCUUCAAGUGCCGAAUGAGGACGAGGAAGAGGGACACGAUAAAGUUCAGAACGAUACUAAGACGACUAUUGUAACAGAGGACAAUUUUAUAAUCAUUGGCCGGAAAAAUGUUCCUCCGGAUAUUUCUGCACCUAAAGAUACUGCAUUCAAAGAAAAAUCAAAGCCUAGAACUUUCAACCGUCUGGAUCGGACUAAGGAUCGAUUUCCCUUUAUGCGACAGGUCGAGAUGGAUCUUGAUCAACGGUCUAAAGCUCGAUUAGAAAGAGAACGAGUGGCCCAAAACUUUCGAAAAUUAGGAAACGCUGAGUAUCGAAAGGGUAACUAUGAGACUGCUAUGCAUAUGUACACCGAAGCCAUUGAAAAUAUCCGGGACAGUCACAUUCUCUACAUAAAUCGCGCUCUCUGCUUUAUCAAAUCGGGUAAAUUCAAACGAGGCAUUGUCGAUUGUGACUUCGUUCUGAACAAGUUGGAUGAGAAGAAUCUGAGGGCGUGGAUGUAUCGCGCCAUGGCCUACAAAGGACUCAACGAUGAGUCCAAUUUUGAGAACUGUGUAAAAUAUGCCCGCAAAUUCAAUUCGAAGCAGAUGGAGUUCAUUGAUGAUUUCCUGGAAAAGUUAAAAUAA